AUGACCUCUAGACGGCAGAUACCACCCAAACUGCAUCUGCCCGGUCCCACUUGCAACCCCAGCUUCCCACUCUCGUCCCCUAUUAGCGAGGAGAUCUUCACGCCCCUCAGCGAGGACCUCUUCACGCCGACAGUCGAGGACAAAGAUUUGGAGCGCAGUCGACCCUUCGAGUUUCUGUCCCAAGCCACCAAACAAAAAGCAGAGCCCAAGGCCGAGGCGGCGAGAGACCGCAUCCGCAUCCCCAGUUUCUCUCACCGAGACCGAUAUGCGCCGGACAAAAGAACAAGUAUCGGUGAGAUUGGGAAGAAGAAAAAGAAUGGAGGGAAACUACCUGGACUGAAUGUGAUUACCGAUUUUUCCUCUCGGUCUACGUCCAAGAAGCAAUCUAGCGAGGAGUUGAAUGCGCCGUUCGUCGAUCUGAACGACUUGAAACAAUUGUCCAAGAAACGGGGCCAGGAACGGUCUGCGCAGGCAGCUCCAGAGCUUACGGAGGCACCACUGGCCUCGAAUACGUCUCAAAAGGGAUCCACGCAGUUAUUCCGCCAGCUGCCCGAGCAAACGAGGCAGUUGCAAUAUGGCAAUCCUUUUCUCGACCCGAAUCCCUUCGCCGAUAGGCAUGGCCUCGGCCUCUCGCCGUCUGAUCGUCAUGUCAUGAUUGGCUUGAGUGUGCCGGCGCAUGAAUCGGAAGAACGGGCGAAAGAACACGACACGGGCAACACGCCUCUCACGCCGACGAUCGUCGUCACGCCGGCCUGCACAGAUGUCGCUGUAACCCCGGCUCGUACCGAGUUUGCUUUGUCUCCGACCUAUUCGGAGUUCGUACAGGGCCCUGUUGGCGGAAACAUUGUUCUGAGCUUGGGACACUCGGAAAAUUCCAUGUCAGCUACAGUUUUGGAAACUGGCCGUCCUCGCGCGACAUCAAGUAUCUAUUCCCAGCCCACCCCGCGACAGACUGCAUAUGAUAUCCCACCUGUGCCGGCCAUUCCAGUUGAACACAUACCAGCGUCGCAACAGUCCCUGGCAAAUGACUUCUUAAAUGCCCACCUGGCAGCGAUGACAAGCAAGCGCCAGUCCACAUCCGCAGAGACCAUCAUUGAGGAUUAUAGCCCAGUAGGAGAGCAGGACCAUCAUACACUGACUGAAGAAGAUGACGACAAAGCCCCCCUGGCCGGACUAAGCGUAAACACAGCCGCAACUCGGCCUGAGUCUCAGGGCUGGUGGAAUGUUCUGCUGUCUCCGUUACUGAGUAAAAAGUCCCCGGCCAGCCCGUCAUUCCCUCGGGACGGGACCUCGGCUACAACUCCUGCAAAGGACACGGGUAAGGAUUGGUGGGAGAAGACGCUGUCUAUGGCUUCGUUCAAAAGUCCCGGAGCAGGGUCACCGUCUCAAAGUAAUGAGGGAGAAAAGAGCAUGGAGCAGUCCCGCUCAUUGGGCGACACCUCCACCACUCAACCGACUCAACGACAGGCGAUCCCAUCGAUGAUGUACCAUGGACAACCUAUCCAGGGCGAAGCUGCCGAAUACUACCAAGCAUGUGCGCACGAGCUCUUCAGCCGGACGCCAUACUUUGAGUGCACCAGCCACAUCUGCUCCAUCACUCCGACACACUCGACCAUGGCGAGUGCCACGGCCGACCUGGGCGAAACACGCGAUCGCAGCCUCAUCCUUGGCAAAGUGGAAGAGCCUCGGCAUACAGCCCAGGGAGGACGAGGUAUUCUAAUUGACGUCGACACCCCAGCUGAACAGACCGAAAAGCACCUGUGUGACUCCAAGGAAGUACCCAAAUCGCACUCAUCACGAAAUUCAGUCGAUUCGUGGGAGUCGCAUCUUUCAUACGACUUUGAUACAGAUCAUAACGCCUCUUCACCUGAAGAACCGCGAGGCCGUGCAAAAGAACAUGCCCCCGAGUUGCCUAUCGAGAGAUCGUUGCCCGAGCCAUUGCCAUCGGCCCCGGUUCCCAUGCCUGCUCCAUCGCCUCAGUACUACCCACAACCUGCUCCAGUACCCCAGUCCGCACCGGCGCCACAGUCAAUCUCGAUAUCAAAUCCUAUCACUAUAUCGCAGCCGGCGCCGGCACCGCAACCCUUCGCGUCCUUUGAACCUCCCGCGCCGAUAUCACAACCUGUCUCGGCUCCAGAGCCCGCUCCAGCACCGCAGACUGGGUUUGAAGCUCCUACUAGCUAUCGUGAACCCCCAGUGGACGUAACUCCACAGGAACAACCGCGGGCACUGAAUGAGUGGCCCAAGAUGCAGCAUGAAGCGCCUUUCGGAGCGAAUGAGCCGAUUUCUCCGGCGUUUCAGCGCGCAGCAGGAGGCCCAAGAUCAAUCCCCAUGAGUUCAAUGAAAGAAAGCUCCUCGACGAGAGAAGCCUCCUCGAUGACGGAGGGGCCUGUUUCUACGCUGUCCGCCCCCACCCCGGCAUAUACGCAGUAUCCUCGAGGCGACGAGGCCUCUCUUCCGGCGAAUUAUACCGGGUAUUAUGAUCCCAAUGCCGUGGUGAUGAAUCCCACUGGAGUAGCAGGACCAGGAGAAGCCCAACGCCAAAGACUGGAGCGCGAGGAUGCUAUGGGAAGGAAAAUUGGAGGUCUGUGGCGUGGGCGAGGCUGUAUCCCGAAGAAAGGCUGCUUUGGACGUCCCGGGCGAGAGGGUCGCCUUCGACGACGAUGGUACUUCGCCAUCGCCCUGUUCUUCAUUAUCAUUCUGACCGUGGCUAUUGUGGUUCCGUUAACGGUCACCGCAAAGGGAUCUAGCAGCGUAGAGCAAUCACAAUGGCUAAAUCUGACGAGUUUCCCGCCCAUCGUGACCGGUAUUUCGACCGUCGUGGGAGCAGAAACGAUCGUUUCCAAGUCGACGUGCGUUAGCCCAUCGUCGCUCUGGAGCUGUGCUCUCCCGAAGGAUGCACAGGCAGACAACACGCCCUACGCCGGCAACGAGCCCAGCUUUCGCCUCCAGAUCCAAUUUCGCAACGAAACAACCGGCAACACGACGUACACGACCACCAAUUCUAAACGCGAUUCCUGGGAUCCGUCGCCCUCAGCGCCCACUCUCGCGAAUCAGAAAUUCCUCGGUAAUACGACAGAUGGGAACUCCCAGCCCUACGCCGGCGAAGAAACUCCCUUCUACAUCAGUAUGCUAUCUGCAUCGAAGCCGCUCUAUCGACGCUCCUCGACCGACAACAGCAGCUCCUCCGACUCCGACACAUCCAACAGCACGUUCCAGUUCCCCUCGCCGCUCAUGAACUCGGACGGCACCGCCGCCGCCGCCACGCUCUACCCUCUCCCAGACACGCAACCCAUGCGCCUCUACAACCGCGGCGAAGAUGACGAGCACUACGGCUUUUAUACGUACUAUGACAAGUCGAUCUUCUUAGCCUCGCGUGCGCCCCUCGAAGACAGCGCAAAAGACGACAAUACACUUGACCAAAACGGUGGCUCGAGCGAGAGCGACGCCCGCACGCGCUGCACGUGGUCGCAGACCCGCUUCCUCGUGCAGAUAUGGACCAAGCCUGAGAAGAAGGGAUAUGCGUUGCAGUCGUCCGGCACCAGCACCAGCACCAGCGCAGCGGCAACAGCAACAGCAACUGCGACCGCGGCGACGCAGCCGGGCUCGUUCCCGUGGCCGGUGACAUUCACGGUGGACCGGCACGGUGGGGACUGGAAGAAGAAAAUGGUGUAUUGCUACGGAAUCGACGAGGACCAGCACUACAAUACGACAGACCGGAAGCUAAACCCUGAAUAUCGCGGGUACGGGGGCACGUUGAUUGACCCGGCGCCGGGGCCGCUGAGUGGGUCGGAUGCGUCGGGCAAUUCAUCUUUCGAUGGGGGCAGUGGGGGUUGUCAGUGUCAGUGGGCAAACUGGAUAUCUACGGCUUGA